UGCUAAGCUAACACCACAAUUUUUAUUUUUGCAGGGGACUAAACAGGAAGAUGAAGACAAAGAGAUGCAGUAACCCACAUUUGGCCUUCCCUGUCAUGAUCAUCUUCUCUCUGUGGCUGAGAACGAGUGCGAACCACACAGGUUACCCUAAGCUCAGAGAUGAAACCUGGAGUCCCAUCAGACAAAACUUCAGUGGGAGCCAGAACAGAACAGAAGAAACAACAAAUUCUCCUCUGAGCCUCAAUUUCAGCAGCCAAAUGACUACUUUUGAAAUGCAAAGUACUCUGCCAUCCUUCUCCUCUGCAAUGGCCCAAAAUUCAACAUCUUCCCCUGCCACAAGUGCAGUUUCCACCACUGGAAUAUUGGGAAACAGCAGCAAACCCAAGARUCCAAUGAGCAAAGAAACCUGUGAAGACAAUAACACCCUCAUACUGAUUUGCUUCAUUGUCAUUGCAGUUCUUGUUCUCAUCUGCACCUGCCUGUGUCUGUCCACAGUCAUAGUAGCCAACAAAAUGUCCUAUCUCCAAAGAGCCCAGCAGGGAAAACGCAGGCCCAGGAGCAAUGGUGACCUCCUGGCCACCAACAGCUUAUGGCCCACAGCAGCAGGAACGUGGCAGAGGAUGCCCACRGAGACAACUGGAACUGAGCUGAUAAUGCAAGAGCUGAGAUCAGGGAGAGAUGCUGUGAAGCAAAAGAAAACCAAAGAUGAAACUACAGAGAAACUCACCAAAGCAGCAGAUAAUGAACAAGAAAGCCAAGAACCAUCCCAGAUGCACAAACCUGUUUUAACCAAUUUUGUAGUUGAGAUUUAAUUCAUGCUCAGAUAAAAACCCAUCUUUUGCCUUUGUUAYGUUAACGAAAGGCAAAACCUCAGCUUUCAAGUAACAACAAGAAAUUCUCACCCAGAAAGCCAAAUCCAGAUUUUAGUUUUUCCAUUUAUGCCAGUGGGAAUGCUGCAGCUAUGUGUGUCCAUGUGUUAAAACUGCUUUCUGUAAGUAGUGUCAAGACUGRUUUUACUCCUCGGAGCAGAAAUCAGGGUGACAGGAGCUGAACAGGAUAAACCAAAAGGACAGAAUCUGCCCAUGCUCAAAGAGGGAGCAAGAGAACAGACUGUCAGUCUGAUACACACACUGAACACUAAGAUGCUGCACAGGAAUAACCAGGCKGCUUUUUCAAAAAAAUCAUACAUUAGUCACAAGUCUCAUUUAACCACAGAUUCAGGAUCUAGUCCUUCUCAAAAUGCCCUUUUGGAAUUUCCAUCAAGAACUUCUUAAACCAGCUUAGUUACUUUUGAAGCAGACUGAUUUGAGCCAUAUUUAUUGUUUUGACGCUGUAUAUGAGCAGAUGAAAUUCGUAACAUUUGUUAAAUAGAAAAGAAUACUGAGAACUUGUUCAAUUUGUUMUCUUCAAUAAACUUGCAAUAUCAGUU